CGAGCUCGCGGCGCCGAGGCCGCCAGGUCCACAGCGCCCCCUCUCGGCGCCCGGCCUCCCUCUAGAGCACCGGCCAGAAAGGACAAAGGGACCAGCCUCGGGUGCCCUAAAUGUGCCAAGUGGAAUUUGAGCUGGCGUGUACGGCGAUCAAGCAGCUGAAGGGGCCUGUGAGUGAUCAGGAGAAACUGGAAGUGUACAGCUUUUACAAACAGGCCACUCAGGGCGACUGCAACAUCCCUGCGCCCCCAGCCACUGACGUGAAAGCCACGGCCAAGUGGGAGGCAUGGAAUGUGAAUAAAGGGAUGUCCAAGAUGGAUGCCAUGAGAAUAUACAUCGCCAAAGUGGAAGAGUUGAAGAAAAAAGAUACUGGCUAGGACACUUUGGCGGACAGAAAUAGCAUGGCUUGUCUGGUAGGGAAUGGGCUUCUUAGAAGUAAUGUCCUGAAGGGGUAGCAGGGUAGGCUGAAGUAUCAAUAAAAAUUACUUAAACUGCAUGGGAGUGGCUGUCUGCUGUUGAAGGAGAGAAACUUCGGUGACUGGAGAGUCCUGGUGACAAGUCCAAAUGUACUUUAA